AUGAGCGCCAUGAGCAGCAAUGGCGAGCAGGCGAACAAGCCCUCUCAAAACGGCGCGCCGGUCUGCCCCACCUCCCCUAGCAAGCGCGUUCCGCAGCGUCGUGACCUACGCAUCGAUGGCGCCGGGCGGCGCGCGCCUCGUAGCGCAGCAGCAACUUUGGCGUCUCGACGCGUCACGAGCGGCCACACACGUUCAUACCACACAGGCGCCACGCCGCCGGCUCGAUCGACGAGGAGCCCGACGAGCAGGCCGAGGAGGAAGCUAGAGUUACUGCUCUCUUGGAUCAGUCCCAGGCGACCGAGACGACACCCACGUCAGCACCGGUCCUACUCCAGGCCGCGGCGGCCACCGAUAAAUCAAUAAAUCUCGACGCGAAGGACAAGCCCGAGGCGAAGAAGGCCCAGCUCGACACGCUCCUCGCCAAGGCCGAGCAGUACUCCCAGUUCAUCGUGAACUCCCAACAAGCGGAAGCGGAGCCGUCCAAAAAAAAACAGAAGACGGGGUUGGAAGACGCCGCGGAAAAAAUGAAAAAAGAAAAAGCGUUGGUCGUCCAGCCCAAGGCCAUGACCGGGGGGACCUUGAAGCCCUAUCAAGUGGAAGGUCUUAGGUGGCUCGCGACGUUGUUCGAGAAUGGGCUGUCUGGAAUAUUGGCGGACGAGAUGGGCCUCGGGAAGACGAUCCAAGUGAUAGCGCUCGUGGCCCAUGUGCGCGAGAAGAACGUCAAGGGACCGAUCUGCAUCGCGGCGCCGCUCGCGACGCUGCCCAACUGGAUGAACGGUCCGCCGCCGGCGUCCCUUCUUCGACAUGUGACGCGUGCUCGCCCCUACGCCGUCGACGCGCGGCGAUGGCGUACCCGCCGUAGAGUUCGGAACCGCCCCGACGCCGUCGCCGCGUCACUCGCCUCCCCGCGCAGAGUUCCGCAAGUGGACGCCCGGCAUCUCGGCGUUACUGUACCACGGGAGUAAACAACACCGCGCGGACCUGCGGAAGACGGCCAUGCGCAAGGCGCACCAGAACGACGACGACUUUCCGGUCAUCGUUACGUCGUACGAGAUCUGUAUCCUGGAUCGGGCGGCGCUCUCGCACUUCAAGUUCAAGUAUCUCGUGAUUGACGAGGGCCAGCGCGUCAAAAAUAGGGACUGCCGACUCGUGAGGGAGCUCAAAAAGCUCGACACGGAGAAUCGGUUACUACUGUCAGGAACACCGAUCCAGAACACGUUGGAAGAACUCUGGAGUCUCCUGAACUUCGUGAACCCGCAAAUCUUCGACGACUUGGCCGUCUUCCAGUCGUGGUUCGGGUUCAGAAAUAUCGGGCAAGAGACGCAGGUCGACGACAUCGUCGACGACGAGAGCAAGGACCGCAUCGUCUCGAAGCUCCACGAGAUCCUGAGGCCCUUUCUGUUGCGACGGGUCAAGGCCGACGUCCUCAAGGGCGUCCUGCCGCCCAAAAAAGAGAUCGUCGUCUACGCGGCGAUGACGCCGCUCCAGAAGACGUACGAAGCUUUGAUCUUACAACACCAGUUGAAGGACACGCUCCAGUCCUCGGGCAUCCCCUGCACGGGCAAGGAGGUCUCGGAGAACAACAUGCUCAUGAAUCAAAGAAAAAAUGCGAACCACCCGUUUUUGUUUGGGGAACCUACCACACCUACCGGAGAAUUCGUCGGAGAGGCGAAUCCCAAGACGUUAAUUAACGCGUCCGGCAAGUUCCGGCUGCUCGAUCGACUGUUAGUACGGCUGAAGGAGGGCGGCCACAAGGUCCUGCUCUUCUCGCAGAUGACGGAGCUGCUGAACAUCAUCGAGGAUUAUGUUAGAUCUAAAAAGUGGGGCGUGUUUCGGAUCGACGGGGGCGUCGAGUUGUCGGAGCGGCAGCGGCAGAUUGAUGCUUUUAAUGCGGAGGGUCAGUCGAGCAACAACCACUUUAUCUUUCUUUUGUCUACUCGUGCCGGUGGGUUGGGCAUUAACUUGGCUUCGGCCGAUACGGUGGUGUUGUUCGAUAGCGACUGGAACCCGCACCAGGAUUCGCAGGCCAUGGAUCGAGCGCAUCGCAUCGGGCAAACGAAACCGGUAGUUGUGUAUCGGCUAUUGACCACGGGUAGCGUGGAGAUAAGUAUGAUGGAGAAGCAGAUCUCCAAGAAGAAGCUCGAGAGGAUGGCCGUGACGGGCGGCGACUACAACAAGGCCGGUCGAAGGUCGAGGGGCGACUUGACGACGGAUGGCUUACGAGCUUUAUUGGACUCGGACGUGAACAUCGCGCAGCGAGUCGCGGGCAUGACGGGCGACGACAAGGAGGCUCUAUCGGAUGAGGAGCUGGCGCUCGUGUUAGAUAGGAAGAAGAUCUUCUCGGCGAAGGGCAUUCCUACGGAGGGCAAGAUGUACGACGUCGUCGCGGCGAGCGGCGGCGGCGGCAUCCUGGGCAACCUCGGCGACGACUAACUAGGCGCCUUUCCUCUAUCUCCGUAUCUAAGUAGCGAGUGUUAU